CGCCACUCUCGUGGCAACACAAGCAGAAGCGGCAAGCCUAAAACCACCAGCGGCAGCACCUUCAGCUAGCGCAAGUUUAGUCGAUCGGCUGAUCACUGAAGCAAUGGCCUCCGCCAACAGCUGGACCCUCGAGAUCCCUUCGCCGGUGGCUGCGCCGCGCCUGUUCCGUGCCGCCGUGAUGGACUGGCACACCCUGGCACCCAAGGUCAACUCCCACGUCGUCGCCAGCGCCCACCCCGUGGAGGGCGACGGCGGCGUUGGCAGCGUCAGGCAGUUCAACUUCACCUCAUUCAUGCCGUUCAGCUUCAUGAAGGAGAGGCUCGAUUUCCUGGACGUGGACAAGUGCGAGUGCAAGAACACGCUCGUCGAGGGCGGCAACAUCGGCGUCGCCAUCGAGACCGCGGCGUCGCACAUCAAGGUGGAGCCCGCGGCAGGCGGCGGCAGCGUGGUGAAGGUGGAGUCGACCUACAAGCUGCUGCCAGGUGUGGACGCGAAGGACGAGGAAGCCAAGGCCAAGGAGGCACUCACCGCCAUUUUCAAGGCUGCCGAGGCCUACCUCGUCGCCAACCCCGACGCCUACAACUAAAUCUGUGGAUUGGGAUGUGAUUCCCCUUCCUGAAGUUCGGGUUUAAUUUUCUUUUACUUUCCUGGAGUUUUCCUCUUUUUUUCAUACAAAAUAAAAUAAAGCUGCUCUAUGCAGUGUGUGGUGUAUGGACACGAGAUGUUAUAAGUGGUUUGUGAUGCUUUGUUUGUGUGAUUAUGUAUAGUUGUAUACCCUCAUGGUUCUUUUCUAUGUGGGAAGAAAAAGGGCAUACAUAGAUUAUACGAGGUACUUUGUUUUGGAAUCCUAUGCAAGUUUGACUGUAAGAAAUGUUUGCUCAUUUCGAAUAGAUAUUUGGAGACUUUUCAUUCUGC